GAUUUCCUUAAGGCAUUACUAACGAGUUGAAGUUAUUGCUAUUAUGUUUUAUAGGAAUGGCGUACGAGUUUCCACAACGCAUACUUGAAGAAGAAUUUGAGACGCAAAUUGAUAAGAUCAACAAUACGUGUAGACGUACAAAUCUGGAGGAAGUGAAGGGUGUUCUCAACAUUGAGUAUGAGGAAGUUUUGAAAGAUCCUGUCUUCGGUCCGCUUCUGGCAAUCAUAGAGAACAAGCUCAUCUACUCAGGGAAGAUCAUUCAUAGCUUCAUAUGCAAGCAGCUCAAAGUUUCGAAGCUUCACGAGCUGUGGUUUCUAUUUGCUAAGAGGCCUCUUAGGUUCUCUGCGCAAGAAUUUCAUGCUGUGACAGGAUUGAAGUUCAAAGAUGAACCUGACAUAAACUUCAAUGAUUGGAAGGAUGAUAAGGGGUUCUGGAGCAAUGUGCUGAGGAAAAAUAGAAAGGUCAACUUAUUGAUGAUAAAGACGAAGCUUCUUAACGAAUGCAACAAGUGGACGUAUGUGGACAGGGUUAGGCUAGUGUAUCUGUGCGUCAUACAUGGAUUCCUCAUAGCUAAGGAUUCAAGAGUGUUUAUCCCACAUGAAUACAUCCGUUUGGUGAUGGAUUUUGAGAAGAUGAGGAUGUAUUCGUGGGGUCUUCACGCGUAUGACGAGCUGCUUGCAUCAAUACUCAAAGCAAGGAAAGAUUUACAUCUGAAGAACAGUUACGUGUUGGAUGGAUUCUCCUAUGCAUUUCAUAUAUGGGUUAUGGAGGCAAUCCCAGACAUUGGUAGUAUGGUGGGUAGGAAGAUCAAAAAAAACAUGACCAAAGUGAGAUGUAGGAAUUGGAAAGGAAGUGGGAAAGUUUCCUACGCAGAUAUCAGCAGCCUAGAGUCCCACUUUAAUAAGGCAGAGCUGUUCCCAUUUAUAUCUGCUACUGGGAACAAUGAUGUGGUUGAUAUCACUGAAUUCUAUAGGGAAGAUGAGAAGACAGAUGAAAGAAUUGGUCGCAUUGUUUCUCUUCUCAAUGCCAAACAAGAUUGGACAGAUUUCGUAUGGGAAGUCGAGGCUUUGCCUCCAACUUUGGAGCUUUCUGAUUCAGAGAAUGAUGGAGAGAAUGUUGAAGUCGAAGAUGUCACAGAUACUCAUGUUGACGAACCGGCUGUUGUUGCAAGAAGGGGAAAGCGUAAGCUAAAUGAUCCUGGUGCGGAGGCUCGAAAGAAAGAACUGCUUUGUCAACGGGCAGCUGAACAUAACAGUGGUAUCUCCAGUGGAAUGAAGACUUUCAUUGAAGGUUUGUUCACCUCUGCUUUCAACUCUUUCAAGGACGUGGUGCAGAAUGACAUCCAAGAGCGUUUUGAGAAGGUCCAGAAAGAGAUGGCUGAGCUCAAGCAAGCGGUGUCACAGAUUCCGGGUCCUUCUGCUACAAUGGGAAAAGACAGAGCAUCUGAGAUUCCAUGUCCUUCAGCAACGAUGGGGAAAUCAUCACAGAUUCCCUGUCUUGCAGCAACAAAGGAAAAAGGCAAAGGCAAAGUUGAUGAGAGUGUGGUUCCUCCUACGGUUCGUCGUAGCCCUCGGCAAGGAAGAAAAGAGAUUGAAACUGAAACUGAUGAUAUGAUGGAUUUUUUGAAGAAUUUGUCACAAUCAUCUACCCAUGGGGAACCUUCAUCAGUUAAAGAAGAAAUGAGCACCCAAGAGUAUUUACAAGAUACCAUGGGGAACCUUUCUCAAGUAUCACAUGUUAAAGGUUUCGAUCCCUCACAAAAAACGAGUGAUGAAGAAGCACCUAAGUGGGUUACUCCAGUAUCAUCCUUCAAGCCUGUAGAUUGGAGAACACCCACUCUCAAAGAUAUGGAAUUACCUGACGGCUGGGUGAACGACGAUGAUUACUCAUUAGUGUUUGUCCAUGAGGAUUCAUGGGCUAAACUGAUUCAUUGGUGCUCAACUACCAAACAGUAAGUCUAUGCGUUCCCUCUAUGUUCUAAAUUCAACAAAUUUUUAAUUAAAUGUUGCAUCGCAGGGCACCUUAAAAUUGGAUCUUCUAUGUACACAACUGAGUUAGCAAAACGUGUUAUGGGACCUGCAGUGUGGCUGAAAAAUCAAGUAAGUUUUACAUUACUUUGCACGCCUACUUCCUGUUCUUCUUCUUUAGCAUCACAUCAAGUCACUCUGUUUGUAUCAUAUUUUAUAGGAAAUUGAUGAUGUGCUCUUCUUAUUUCGCGAGAGGACUUCUUUGAGACGAUGGAACCCACGAAAGUAGCUUUCAUGAGCUGCAUAUUCAGUAAUCAAAUGAAGAAUUCUUACACUGAGUUCAAGAAAGACAAAAAAAAUUCAGGGUAGAAGGACUGCUCCAUCAGUACGGAAUUGGUGAACUUCCUUCACACGGCCGAACAAGACUAUGGAUCUUGAUGUCAAUCGUAUGUAUGUGCCUCUUCUUGUGCACGGUAACCACUGGAUCUCUAUGUGUGUCAACUUUGUUACUCGUUCCAUAGAGGUUUUUGACUGUUCGGGACUGAAACACAACAAGGACUUGGAGCCAUUUGCACAUCUCAUCCCAAGAAUUGUCAAAGCUGUGCAGUCUUCAGAGAAGAGGGGAUUUACCGUUAAGCCCUAUGAUGUCACUUACGCUCCAGUGCCCUGCUUCCUAAACAAGACUAGCAGCGAUUGUGGAGUAUAUGCGUUGAAGCACAUCUUCUAGGCUUGGACUUAACGUUGGUGAAUGACGACAACAUUCGUGAAGCUUGCCAGAAGAUUGCUUAUGACCUAUGGGAAGCUGCUAAUGAUCCUGAGCUUAUUUCGAGAAUGGGAAAGUUCGUUCCUCCGAAGGCUAUAGCUUCUCCUACGGUUGAGAUUUUAUAAUGCUAUUUUCACUAUGUCUUGUUUUCCAAGUAGGUUGAUAUUGACUUUUUUAGUUACUCUUAUAUGACUCGUAACUAGCAUUGGUUUGCAUCUCUUAUUUAGCAUUUGAAUCUAUUAUUUACCAUUGCAUUUGAGUCUUUUAUUUAGCAUUGCAUUUGAGUCUUUUAGUGAAUUACAUACACUAUAACAAACAAAGGGAUACAUGAUAUGAAUCUAAAUGGUCUUAUUUGACUCUCGUACUAAACAAAAAUUUUUAAAAUAAAAAUGGAGAUGGUGGGAAUCGAACAAUUCACUUGAGGCCUUUAAAUGUCCAACAUAGACCACUGGACUACUUGAAACUAUUGAUAUUACCGGCAACAUAUGAAUCUAAAUAGUUUUAUUUGUCUCUCUUAUUCAAGGCUAUUGUAGGAGAAAAAACGGUUUUUAAUAAAAAUGGAGAAAUGGGGCAUCGAACACUUCACCUAGGGUACUUAUACAUACAACAUAAACCACUGCACUACUUGAAACUAUUGACAUUAGUGGCUGAUUACAAAAUUAAAUAAAGUAAAUCUAACCGAAGCCAUACAACAUAUCAACCCCUAACGAUACCCUAAAUGAAUCUAAACUAACCCAUACAACAUAUCAACCCCUAAAGAUACCCUAAAUGAGUCUAAACUAAGCCAUACAACACCAAUGUAGGGAGCUAUACACGAUCUAACCUAACAAGGCUACAAAUCUUAAUAGUCAAUAGAAAUCUUAUGACUAUCACAACACAUACAAUUACAUCCUAAAACCCGAUUAACAGUAGUCGUUUGCCCUAAACAUAAUCUUAUAUAACACCAAUGACUAGAAACCCUACUUAUUUCAUCGUUUAUCUCUCCUCUCCGUCUUUCUCUCAUUCUAAAAAACCGAUCAUGACUAACAAUGGAGGGGUUCCUUCCAGAUGCUGGUGUGGGAAGGGGAUUGCCACUUAUGUUUCAAAAACGGAGGAGAACCCAUAUAGAAGAUUCUUCCGAUGUGAGAUUGGUUUAAAGGUAAUUCUGAAAAAUUAUGACUUUUUAUUCUUCUAUGUUUCAAUUGACGUUUUUGUGUUUCAAUUCGGAGAAAAAAGAGCAACAUCUUUUCAAGUGAGUGGACGAGGCUCUGCUUGAUGAGAUACAAAUGAUGCAUGAGCAACAGUCGAGAAUGGCCGAAGAAAUUGAAGAUUUGAGAAGUUCCUUGAAAAUGACAGUAGAGGAAGCAGUUAUCGAGCAUAAGAAGUCGAGAGAUGUAGGACUAAUUGGAUCUCUCACUUUUUUAUGUCUUUGUUCUAAAUUUGAUUGAUCUUCUAAUUGUUUUCUGAAUCUAUUUACUUUGUCAAAGAUUGAAUCAAUUUGAUAUCCAGUUGUGUUGUCAAUUUAUGGAUCAAAUCUUAACGGUAGACUUAAAACUUGCAUAAAACUAAGUAAAUAUUGGAAACGUGCACAAUACAUAAAACAGAGUUGGUCUUGAAAAAACAGAGUUUGACAUGAAA